UUCGAGAUCCCCGUCGAUCACCAGAAGCCUCCAGGUCUUCAGAGCGAGCAGAAGGGCCCUGAUCCUGUCAACGAGCACCUUCCCACCGAAGAUGGUGGCUUCCAGCUUUACAAGGCCGCCGGCAAGCUUGAGGNNAGCAAGAAGGCCGUCAUCACUGGAGGUGACUCCGGUAUUGGCCGUGCCAUUGCUAUUCUCUACGCCAUGGAGGGUGCCGACAGCUUGAUCGCCUACCUCGAAGUCGAGGAGAAGGAUGCACAGGAGACCAAGAAGAAGGUCGAGUCCUACGGCCGCAAGUGUCACUUGCUUCAGGUCGACCUCAAGAAGAAGGAGGACUGCAAGAAGGUUGUCGACACUGCUCUCGAGAAGAUGGGUGCCAUCAACAUCCUUGUCAACAACGCUGCCUACCAGAACAUGUAUGCUCUUCCUCACAUGAAGAGAGGAGACACCAUCAUCAACAACGCUUCCAUCAACGCCUACAUUGGACGUCCUGAUCUUCUUGGUACUACCAAGGGUGCCAUCAUCUCCUUCACUCGUGGUCUCCACAACCAGUACGUUGGCCGCGGUAUUCGCGUCAACGCAGUCGCUCCCGGCCCCGUCUGGACCCCUCUCAUCCCUGCAACCAUGAACGAGAAGGCUCAAUCCGAAUUUAGCUCACCUAUAGGCCAUUCUGCUUCCAUCGCCGGACAAACCAUCCACGCCAACGGUGGUGUUGUUGUCAACGGU